AUGAACUGGUCAUUCAAGAAGUCUCAUGAUGAUCAUACGCUGUUUGUGAAGAAUGUCAGUGGGAGAUAUUUGGCUGUGUUAGUAUAUGUUAUUGGUGGCGAAUCGAAGCAGGGGAUCUCUGUUUGCCAAAGGAAGUAUGUGUUGGAGCUACUUGAUGAUACAUGCUUUCUUGGUUGCAAACCAUCAUCUAUUCCUUUGGAUCCUACGAUCAAGCUAUCGUCUGAGACAAUACGGAAACCAUCUGAUGGCUCCAAAGUGAUUCAUGAAAUGGGAGAGUCACUUGAAAAUCCCAAGGUUUAUAGAAAGUUGAUGGGCAGAUUGAUGUAUUUGGCGAUCACAAGACCCGACAUAGCUUAUGCUUUAACCAAGCUACGCCAAUAUUCAUCUAAACCACGUGAUGCUCAUCUGGCGGCUGUUCACAAGCUUCUAAGGUAUCUUAAAGGGACUAUUGGUCAAGGUGUUUUCUAUGAAGCUAAUGGACAGUUGACACUACGUGGUUAUGCAGAUGCUGAUUGGGGUUCUUGUAGGGACACUCGAAAAUCUAUAACAUGUUAUGCGAUGUUCAUUGGUGAUUCGUUAGUGUCUUGGAGGUCGAAGAAGCAACACACAAUAUCAAGAAGUACAGCAUAA